AUGCACAUCCAGGAUUCAGCCCAGACCAGGGCUCUCGCGAUCUCCGAGAUCGUAAUAUCAAUCCUCCACCAAAUGGACAUGCACACCCUAAUCGCCGCCCAACGUGUCUGUCAUUCCUGGGCAGACCCAAUCCGCAGAUUAAGGUCACUACAAAGAGCCUUGUUUUUCAUCCCCAGCGAAAAAUCUAGAUCAGAAGCUCGAGUCUACAACCCCAUGCUAGUACGAGCAUUCGAUUCAGUGUUUCCAACAAAAGACCUGCGAGGUCUCCACAAUGCCAGCGACAGAAUGAAGAAUGUCAGACUCAGUGAUUUCGAUCUUGCAAAAAUCCCAGCCAAGAGAGAGAUAUAUCUCCGGCCUGAAGCGAGCUGGCGCCGUAUGCUGACGCAACAGCCACCGAUCUUCACAGUUGGAAAGUUUGGAACAGGGACUGGGCAAUACAAUUGGCCUUGGCACAAGAAAAUGACAGCACAUCAAGAUGAGGGACUUUGUAUGGGGACUUUGUUUGAGUGGCUUGUUCAGCUAGGGCGUUAUAAGUGGAAUGACGCGACGAUUGCGAUUUGUCUCGGUGGAGCUGAGCCUGUUAAUACACCACUUGAUAUCAUGUGUCCGAUUAUUGAUCACGAUAUAGAGAUUACUGGCAAGGAUUGA